AUGUACAAAGUGGAUUUGCCUGUAGACCAGCCCAUAGAAAAAGCUGUGGAGAGGCGAAAGUGUGCAGAAACAGCACGCAAGGCCAGAAUCUUCAACACUCGGCUCCGUGUGAUGGGCCUCGACACUGAUGCUCUCAACAAACAAGUCCAGGAAAAAAAACAUCACCAAAACAUGGACAUGCAACGGGACAAAGCUUUUGAUAAGCUGAGAGAGCAUCACGAUGAAGCACUGAUGCAGCAAGACAUUGAUGAAAAAGAGAAGCGAGCAGCUUUGCACUCCGACCUGACCCAGUACUGGGCCACUCAUCAGCGUAAAGAGGACUCACGAGAUGCUGAUCUCAAAUGUGGCCUGAAGGGGGCAUUCAAGUUCACCAUUCAAGAGGGUGAGCUGGGGCCUGCAAGUAUGACACUCUUUCAGGGAGAGGAUAUUGGAGAGGAGCAAAGGAGGAGAGAACAAAUGAAAAAGACAAGCAGAGAUCUACAAGCUCAGAGGGAAGACAAUGAGAGAAGGCGCAUGGGAGAAAAGCACAGAGAGAUGCUCUUGAGCAAAGAGCUAGUGCAUCAGGACCUUAAGGGGGUUCAGCUACAUGCACUAGAGGAGGAGUGUAGGAAAGCUACCCGCAUCGCACUUGACAACUACAAUCAAGCUCUGGCCGCAGAGCGAGCAGAGAGACUGAAGAAGCAGCACAUGCGAGAGGAAAGGGAGAAUCUUGAAGAGAUACUGCACACUGUAACAUCCGACAUGAUGACAGAGUGUGCAGAGGCAGCGCAGAGAGAGGCAGGGGGAGGGAGGCCAACCCGAGUUCUGAUUGACAGGUGGAGAGGGAUGAGCCCUGAGCAGCUGAGCGCCAUCCACAGGGAGAGAGAAGAACAGCGUCUUGAGAGACAGAGACAACUUGAUGCUGAGAAGAUUCGGGAUGCAGCUUGGGAUCUCAACCUCCUGAAGCUGUCCAGAGAGGCAGAGGAGGAGGAGUGGAAGGCAGAGGAGCUGAGGAGAGAGACGAGGAUUCAGACAGACUGUUACAACAAGCAGCUGGCCAGAGAGCAGCAGGCAUAUCAGGAGUACCUGAACAAGAAGCUGUACACCAACAAACCCACCAAGGACUACUUUUAUCAAUUCAACACCAGCUCCCGCUGACCACCACACAACACA